CGGCCCGGGGCGGGGACUUCUGGCACUUUCUGGGACCUGCGAGGCUCGCAGACCUUCAGGCCGGAAACCGUGCGUACCCGCUACCGGGGCCCUCGUCGUCUGCGCCGCCCGGGCCGCCAUGGCCAAGUGGGGUCAGGGGGACCCGCGCUGGAUCGUGGAGGAGCGGGAGGACGGGACCAACGUGAACAACUGGCACUGGACAGAGCGGAAUGCCACUGUCUGGUCCAAGGGGAAGCUCCGAGAGCUCCUGGUUGGCCUUGCUGUGGAGAAUGAGGCUGGCCGAUGUGAGAUCAGUGAGUUGAAGCAGGUGGAAGGGGAGGCUUCCUGUAGCAGCCGCAAAGGAAAGCUUAUUUUCUUCUAUGAGUGGAACAUCAGGCUGACCUGGAAAGGUACAGUUAAAGAAUCUGGUGCAAAACACAAAGGAUUGAUUGAAAUACCCAGCCUUUCCGAAGAGAACGAAGUUGAUGACACCGAGGUGAACGUGAGUAAAAAAAAAGGAGAUGGGGACAUACUGAAGGACCUUAUGAAAACUACAGGCACCGCCAAGGUCAGGGAGGCUCUUGGAGAGUACCUGAAGGCACUCAAGACGGAAUUUACAACAGGAAUGAUUUUACCAACAAAAGCUGUAGCAACCCAGGAACUGACUGUUCAGAGGAAACUGACUGGAAAUACUUUGCAGGCUUCUCCAGUGGCACUGGGUGUAAGGAUUCCGACUGUAGCCUUGCACUUGACGGAGCAGUUUGACACAACAGUAGAACAGCUGUACAGUAUCUUCACCGUGAAAGACUUGGUGCAGAAAUUUUCCAAAUCUCCUGCUGUAUUAGAAGCUGAGAGGGGAGGGAAAUUCCAGAUGUUUGAUGGGAACAUCACUGGAGAAUAUGUGGAACUGUUAACAAACAGGAAGAUCACCAUGAAAUGGAGAUGCAGGAACUGGCCAGAAGAACACUAUGCAACAGUUGCAUUGAAUUUUGUGCCUGCUCCAGGGCAAACGGAAUUACAUUUGGACUGUAAAGGAGUUCCUGUCUGUAAAGAAGAGAAUACAAAAUUCUGUUGGCAGAAGCAGCACUUUGAAGAAAUAAAAGGUUUACUUCAGCUCACCACCCAGAAUGCUUGAAUUAGUUAGGUUUUUUUAUAAGGACAUCCUUCUGUAAGCAGAAACCUGGCCUGUUUACUUACCUCCUCUUUCUUCCUCAAAGUCUCUUCCUCCAAGGUCCCUAAUUUAUUUUACAUUGGAUGAAAUUCCAUGAAACUACAUAAUUGAAAAGCAUUGCUUGAAGCAUUCUAGACUCUGCACUGAGUAAAAUUGGGCGUCAUCUCACCUUCCAUGGCUGUUCCUCUCUGGAAAGUAGGUGCAGUCCAGUCACCCAAGCUAAGGCUGGUCCCAACACACUACUUCAUUGCUACAGUUGAUUUAAGCUUAAGACAAAUAAAUGGCAUGUUAUACUAUUUUGUUCUACUCCAGUUUUCAAGGUGUAGUUCUUAGAAGUGUUGUGGUGAGGGCUAGCUGGCUGCAUUGUUAACACUUUUCUUGCUCUCCUUGGUGGCUUCCGAGGAAUGAGACAUCCACGUGGUAAGUUACUUUUUUGGACUACUGAAGACUUCUCAAACAGCAAGACGGCCACAUGCUUCCUCCCUUCAGUCAGCUCACUGCUGUCGUCCAAGGAAACUGAAACAACUUACGUAACAAAGGAGUCAUCACAGUCAGUUUAAUUUAGUACACAGAACAGAGUCAGUCAUUUCAAUAAAAAUAAAACAGUUAUUUUUA